AUGGCGCUCUAUGGAACAAAACAAGCCUCAAGUGUGGGAAACAAAUCCCACCUCCUGAUGGAAAUGUUUGCAAAGACCCAUUGCAAAGAGGAUCGCUUCCCCGAAGUGGCUCCAGUUCAGGGCAAACACAGCUUUCCAGAGCUCAGCCGGGAUUCGGACCCGCGUACCCGCAGCGCCGCGCGCAUACAGGACGCGCGCCGGGACUCCCGCACACGUUCUGGACCCAGCCAGGCUCGCCUCCCCCUGCCGCGCCGGCUCCGCCACCCCGCGGGCACGCUCGCUCCCGGUGCUCGCCCCUCCGCCUCCCGGUGCCCCCACACCCACCGGUUCCGCGGCGCCCGCUGGGAACCUCUAGCGGAGGCGAAGGGAACCGCAGCCGACCCGCGGCGCCCGGGCUCCGACGCCGGCUGCCGAAAGCCUGCCAGGCGGCGGCGUGGGCUUUGCAUGCCCCCCAAUCCGCGGGCCGGAUGCCGCCGCCCCCACCUGCCCACCUGCGCCAGGCUCACCUGCCACCGCGUUCUAGCUGCUUUCGCCGGUGCCCAUUGCUCUCUAUGGAAAGGAGCGGACGGUAGGGGAUGGAUCGCUGGGUGCUGCACAGUGAGAAACCCCAAGCCAGAGGCUCCAGGAUCAUCCACAGCUCUAUGGAAAGUAUCCUCUCAGUGGGAGUUUAUCUUACCCAGACUGAACUGCAGGAAUGAAUUGCUCUUGGAAAGUAAACUUUUGGCCAUUGGUUUGUUUUUGUUGUUGCUUAUUUAUCAGGCAUCGCCUUUUUUCCUCUGCGCUGACUCCACACCAGAAGAGCGUUACUUUGUCUUUCCAAGUACUGGAUCGACUUUGGAGGUCUGCGGGGUUUUCCACUCAGUGGCUGCUCGAAUCUCUUUAAGGCAUGGGACCUGCCGGCAGAAAAAGCAAAGUGAUGCAGCACGGAGGUGGCGCUAGGUUCCUUCGCAUCGGGGCGCCUCUCCUCUACAGUCUCCAUACGCGUGGCGCCUCCUCAGAACGAGGGUCUCCUGAUUGGUCUUCUUCAAGUUGGAAGCCGGUUAACUGUCCGCAAGAGAGAACAGUCUGCAAAUACAGAACAUGAUGUUGGGGAGUGCUUAAGUGGAACGAGAUGAGGAUUUAGUAUAAACAAUUAAACUUGUGUUGGUAGGAGCUCUGAAAGCGCUUCUAGCAGCUCAGAAAUCAAUUCAGAGCAUUACAAGGUGAGCAUUGUUGCGCCUAGGAGCUGUAGAUCAGUAGGUAAAGGCUCAAGUUUGAAUUUCAGGAGCCGACCUGUUUUAGAUUCUGCGUGAGUCAACUCUGGCAGAAGCACUGCCCAAGAGGGACUGUUGGUGUUAGGGGUGAUGCAUCCAUGAAGACUGCUCCUUGGAGGUAGAGAACAGCUAACAACUCUCUCCCACUAUCUUGUUCUGCCAUUCAAGGUUGCUCUUAGAUCGGUUCAUAGGGAGUUGGAAUGUGUGUUCCACACCUGGCAUUUCUUUCAGCGACUGUUAAGGAAAGAGCUUGAAGCUAGAUUGCUGAACCUGCAUGAAGAAACAGUGAACAAUGAAUUUGGUAGAAAGAUGCUUAGUGAUAUAUAGAGGCAUUUUUAUUUCCGUGUGUGCCAGGAGCGAUUUUUUGAGGCUUGAUAUCCCAAGAUGACUUUGGACACUGACUUUUGCAGCGUUUCAAGUGGAGGAUGUGCUGCAGUGUUUUCCAACCUGGUAUAAUCUGUAAAUUGUCUGCUUGCCACAAGGUUUGAUGCCUUUUUGAGUUCUAAUUCUUAAUCCUAAUUAAUAAAUGUCUGCUCCUGAUACUGAAUGAAGUGGGAAUAAAAAUUAUAAUAAACCAUUUUCAACAAAAUGUUAUCUUUAACUUAUGAUUCCUAAUUACAUAAUCCUAUCAGUGAACAAUUAAAUAUUGUGGAAGACUUUUAGACAUGAAUUACAGAGCUGGAUUCGAGAGACUCACUUAGUGAAAGAAAAUUAAAAAUUUAGGACAGCCUCCUCUCCAAAAA